ACAAAAACCUCUGCGAAUUCCUGUGGUAAAGAACUUGCUUUCAGUUCAGCUCUUUCUCGAACUGUGUGAGCCAAGUCCACGCCCUCCUUUUCCCUCCCUUUACACCUUCUGGCGCUGUCCGCAUGUCACCUACUGCCCACAGUGUGAGCCUCCCAGUCACACCCAGCACCGGAGGGAGGACCCCACGCUGGAGUCGCCACCAGGAGGCAGAGCUCCCCAGGACGGGGGAGCCCACAGCGGUGGAGGGAGGACGUUCGGGGACAGCCACAGCCCGGGUUCCACCACACCAGCCCCUCGGCCCCGCUGCCGUGGCUGGUGUCCUCGGAACUAGCGGCAGCGCCCAAUCACAUUCCCACCGGGCUGCUUCGCUGCUGCUGCUGCUCUUCCUGGAGGCUCGUUUGCUUUUCUAGUUCCAGAGCCGCCUCUGCGCCGCAGGCCACCCAGACCGUGCACGGCGUGGAAAGGGCGCCGUGGAACCAGAGGCCGGAGGGCAGCACCGCCCCCAGGUUAGGCUGACCCACGAGUCCUCCCAGACCUCUGCAGUCCUCCAGGUCCUCCGGCCGCCUCCCCAUCCCUGCGCCCCCAUCCCUAGCCUGCCAUAGCCUCUGUCCAUGUCUUUCCAGCCUCAGCACAGGGCUAGAGUUGUCCUCCUUGUGGCCCCUCCCACUGCCUGGCUCUUGUCCCCAUGUCCUCACCCCAGACUUUCCUCCUCUGGCUUCUCCUCAGAGCAGCGUCAAGUCCCCAAGUGUCGCAGCUCAGGUCACUUCCAGCCGCUCACGUGAUCCGUGCAUUCCUCAGCACGAUGCCGGGGCAGCUGAAGACUCUCGGGGGCUCUAGGGCCCCCCUCCCUCCCAGCUGGCAUUACUUCUGUGCCAUUUGUCUUCCUCGGGUCACCUCUGGGGACCCCAUCCCUCAGCCCAUGCGAGGAGCCUUCCAAAAAUGGCAGUGAACCCAAAUGCACAGGCCCCGGGCUGUCGGCGUGGUUGCCCCUCAGGGCGUGGGCUCCGAGAUGCUGCCCUGGAGGGACAGGUCCCCAGGUGUGACUCCUGGGACAGCAAACAUUGUCCCUGUGAUGGGAGCUGGGAGCUGCUACUGAUGGCCCAAGCCAGAGGGUUCUCGGGGCCAGCCCGGCCCUCUCUAUCACCCCGGGCAGCAGUCACCCGCUCCUUAUCAGGGCAGCCAGGAGGACGGCUGCGUAAGUGACUGAGGCCACGGGGAAAUCAAAGGCGGGGUGCAGGGGAAGUGGGGAGGAGAAGCAACUUCCCGGUUCUGCUCGGAGGCUUAGAGACCCUGAGGUCUGAGGGAGCUUGCUUUAUUUCAUCUGGUCGCUGGGAUCGGAGAGGAGGGCAGAGCCACCAGGGGAACAAACAGCCGCUGUCCUGCCUGGCGGGGUCGGGCCAGGCUGUGCCAAAGUCUGCGUCUUCCGGUGCCCAGGCCUUUCCCACGGCUCGGUGGAUGGGCGGUCAGGAGGCUGCGCCCUUCCCCCCAGGAACUCGGGCGUGGGGGCAGGCCAAGGAUGGCUAACUUCACGACUUCCCCGGAGGAUGAGUACGAUGUCCUCAUCGAAGGUGACCUGCCAGGCGACGAGGUGGAGCCGUGCACGGAGUACGACGCCCGGGGGCUGUCGGCGCAGCUGGUGCCACCACUCUGCACCACCGUGUUCACGGUCGGACUCCUGGACAACAUCCUGGUGGCACUCAUCCUGGUGAAACGUCGCCAGCUCCGGCACGUGGAGAACGUCUAUUUUCUGAACUUGGCCGUUUCCAACAUGUGCUUCUUGCUUGCCCUGCCGUUCUGGGCUCACGCCACCUCCCUGGGGAGCGGUUUUGGAGCCCCCACGUGCAGAAUCCUCGCUGGGCUCUACUCCGCGGGGCUGUACAGCGAGGCGUUCUUCACUGCCCUCCUGGCCGUGCAGAGGUACCUGGUGUUCUUCCCCGUGCGCUGCUCUUCCACAGCCACCAGGCCAGUGCGCUGCAGCGUCAUCACCAGCACCGCAGCGUGGGCGAGCGCCAUGCUAGCCGCCGUGCCCGAGUCCAUGUUUCCUGACGCUCAGGUCGAAAGCCUGAAACACACGUGCUUCUUCGGCAGGCCUCCCCUCCUGCCGGCUGACCAGGAGUUCUGGAAGGCUUUUCUGACUUUAAAGAUGAACAUCUUGGUGCUGGCGUUCCCGCUGUUUGUGCUCGUAUUUUGCUACGUCCGGAUGAGACAGACGCUGCGGUGCAGGGAGAGGCAGGGCGACCUUUUCAAGCUGGUUUUCGCCGUCGGGGUUGUGUUCCUUUUGAUGUGGGCGCCCUACAAUGUCGCACUCUUCCUGUCCACCUUCAGAGAGCAGUUGUCCCUGCCCCGCUGUGACCGCAGCUAUAGCCUGCACAGAAGCGUCCAGAUAUCAGAAGCCAUCGCGGCCACCCACUGCUGCGUCAACCCCCUGCUUUACAUGCUCCUGGACGAGGCUUUUAGGAAAGACCUCAGGCACCUCUUCCGUCCCUGUGGUAACACUCCGCUCCAGCCCCGGGGGGAGCCGGCACAGGGCACGUGGAGGGAAGAAAACGAGCAGGCCACUGCAGUGUGAGCCGCUUCCUGCAAGACUGGACAUGCACAUGUGGACCUCUGUGCCUGCAUUGUUCUCUGUACAUGCUUUCUGCAUAUGCAUGUGAAGCUGCAAACGGGGAAGGGGGCGAGAGCACUUCCUAAGCCCUGAGUUGGCUCAGGCACGCAGCGAGGCUCUCUGCGCCCGUGAGCGCCACUCCUUGUCUGUGGUGGCAGUGGCGGGGGUCCCUUUCUCUGAAAAGGAAACUGAGGCCCAGAAGUUUGUCCAGGAUCACACAGAGGACAGUGGCAGGACUGGGACACAAGCCCAGGCCUCAUUUGCCCCAGAGCUCACAUUUCAUCUGCUCACCAAGCUUCAAGACAUUGAGCAAUGACAUACAUGAAAUAAACAUUGCAAUUUUUAA